AUGGAUAUGCUGCUGCAGUCUAUGACGGUCAUGGAGGAUGGCAAGUGGAACAAGGGCAAGUUCGCGAGUGACGACGAACUGGUGACAGAAUCAAUCAAAGAGGCCUUCCUGGAGGUGGAGAAGGAGUUCCUGGCCACUGCCCUCCUCAGCUACAAAUACGGUACGAUCGACCAUAUAAAGGAUUUGGGCGGGCGGGAAGAGCAGCUCAACCGGGAACUAAAUGCUAACAAUCCUGAGGAGCAAAAAAGGCUAAGAGCUCAAUUCCCCAACGAGGAAGACGUCGUCAUCUGCAAGAAAGACAACAACCAGUCCUGCUACAUAAAGGGAAGACUGCAGCCCACUCGCUCCAUCGGCGAUUUUCGGCUUAAGUACGCUGAAUUCAACAAUCCCAAGAACUAUCCUUCAGAAAUGGAGUUCCAGUCGCCUCUGAAGAACUUUUCAGGAAACUACAUCACUGCUAUCCCUGAGGUGCAAUCCUUCGACCUCACCAGCAAGCACAGGUCAGUGGUCUUGGCGUCGGAUGGCCUGUGGGACAAGUUGGGCCGUCAGGAGGUGGCGUAGGUGUUUAAGAAGUAUCCAAUUAAAUAGGUUCCGAAUGUGCUGAUCAACAAAUGCCUGGAGAAGGCGGCAGAGGAGACGAAGAUGAGCGUGCAGGAGAUCAGAGCGAAGCAGCAGGGAAAGAAGAGAAAGAUCCACGAUGAUAUCACAGUUGUUGUGCUUGACCUCACCAAACAGGCCAAAUGA